GUUGACGAGGUCGUCAUCUCUUUCUCUGACAAAAGAGUUAUCGAAGGGAGGAAAGAAGAAGAAGAAGCGCGAGGAGGUCUUCUACUCCCCGUCCCCUCCGUGUUCAUCUGUUUCUCAGAGGAGCGACCGCUAGUGCUCUUCGUGUGCGCUUAUCAGCGCUGAGGCAUUGCACUCGACCCAUUCCACCACCGCAACACUCCUGCGUUUUCUUUUCCUUUUUCGUUUCAUUAAGAAAAGGAAUCGAGCGUCAUCGACAUUAUCGACGUCAGCCCUUUGCCUUUUCUUCUCACGGCCCGCGAGAGACGCCGAUUUAACGGAGGCACACGCGGACGCUCGCUGCCAAAGAAAAGAAAAGGGGGAAAAACGAUGUUCCCCACGCGGCAGCUCGGCAGAACCGUCUCCGUUGUCAACACGACAGCCGAGGGCAAGCAUGCCGUAGAGGAGCUGACGGUGUACCUGCGUGCGAUGAAGGCCGCGCAGCGUCGUUGGGCACGUGAGGUCGUCGCCCACGAGAGCCACGUUCGUCGGCUGAUGCUGGUGGAGGAGCAGUGCCGCGAGAAGCUGAAGCAGCAGGUGCUGCGAGGCACCCGCGAACACCUGAAGUACCUCACCAACACCGACUUAAUGGCCGUCUCCCAACUCGUCUCCCCGCCGACGGUGGAUGCGUUUCUGGCGCAUGGAAUUCCUGCGCAGCAAGUCAGCGGGUUCGGCGUCUACGCGAUGGGCUGCGUGGCAGCAGACGCGAAUCGACUGGAUGUACCGCUGCCGGUGCUGCUGGCGGACUUGUCGAGCGCCUGGGCGAUUCUGCCGCCGACAAAGAAGGAUGCGUUUAACGAACUGGCCGGCAUUUUCCGCGCGCACGUGCCACCGCGAGUUGACCCCGUCGAAGCCCCGUCGAGGGCGAUGCGCACCGCCAAGAGUCGUCGCAGCCGCACACGGACUCUCACUUCGGCAAACACGCGCACGUCGAAACUGGCAAAGCUCGCUCUUUCCGGUGCUGCUUCCAAGGCGGGAAACGGGAAGCCCGAGAAGCGCGCUGCGGCGGUUGCCGUCGUGCCUGCUCGUCAUCGACUGCACGCUCGCGCCAGCAAGCAGAGCGCUCCGCGUACCAGAGGUGCAACCGCAAUAGUCACGCCGCUGCUCGCCAACGGAUCUCGUGAGGGUAAUCGGGAUGCCGCUGCUCGUGUAGAAGCCUCUCACACAGCACACAACACCCCUCCUAAACAGCGCUGUGAGAAAAAGCAAAGAAAGCAGCCUCAACCACAGAAGAAACAUCUCGUGCGGAUGGAAACGGACGCGAUGGAGGCCUUCGCGCGUCAGCUGCCGCCGGCGGAGUACGACGCCUUCUGCAUCUACGCGCAGGAAAGCCUGCACGAGAUGGAGCUGGCGCUGGGCGCGUCGAUCAUUCCAGUAAGCAAGACGAACGGCUGCGGCAAUAAAGGAGCGGCGCAGACUCCGUCAACACGCAGUGGGUGCCGGAAAAACGGGGGUGGAAAGGGUGUGGUGGUCUCGGCGCACUCGCGAACGCUGCCGCGUGGGGUGCGCCUUUUCAUGAAGGAGUGGCUGCCCAUCGCUGCGGAGGAAUGGAUACGCAAGACACGGCGACAGAAGAGCCUCUACAUGAUGAAGUCGUAA